AGAGAGAGCUGCAGCUCCGAUAAGGAGAAAAACGUAACGAGAAAGGAAGGCAAAGAGAGGGGAGCGAUCCGAUACUCUGUUUCUGGUCUUCCAGCAGUAAAAAGCAAUAUUUCACAAGGAGCUGCGAUGCCAUCUGAGAAGUAAAACCCCCACGAAGGUUUUGAGACGUUUUUUUGGACUCGGCUGCUUUCUUUGUGAAACCUUUUAAUCUAAUUUUUACGCCACUCUGCAAACAGUCACAACUCGCCGCUCGCGUUCUGCUUUUGUUCAUUUUGGUUUUGAGAGACAUAAACCUCAGUGGUUGGCUCACGUUUUGGAUUUUCAGCUUGUUUUUCCUCGCCAGUUUGUGACUCUGACUCUGCCGGAGCGGAGCGGGCAGGAGGAGAGGAGCUGUCCGGUGCUGAAACAUGCACGGAGUUAAAUACCAAAAAUCUACAGCGUAAAGCUAACAAACAGGAGAAAAGGGACAUUUAAAUUUUCAUUUACGACCAACUGGAGUUCCACUGGUCUUCCAGAGCUAGGUUUUAACUAUAAAACACUUUUUUUUUGUUGUUGCUGAAAACAAAGAAGCACAGGAGAAACACUAAAAAUAAUGUCUCUACUUUUGAAUUCGACGCUAUAGGAAGCCAAGAGAUUAAAUUAUAUGCGAAAAAUCAACUGAUUCCCAUCACUGGGUGCAGACUUAAGAGGAUUAGGGAAGAGAAGAAAAGCGUGUGUUAAUCGUAUGAGCGCAGGAGCAGCGACUGUCCCACCAUGCCUCGGUCUUUCUUAGUGAAGAAAGUCAAACUGGACGACUUCUCUGCUGCUGCACUGGAGACCUCCUACAGCCGGAGAGAGGAGCUCAGUCUGCGGUUCCACAAUCAUGACAAAGAUUACGUCAGUGAUUAUCUAAGUCCGAAUCCCUAUGAAGACGUGGUGGGAAGUGAUUCCUCAGUCAUCUCUAAAGUGCCCUCGCCGAGCCACUCAUCAAUCAUCUACGGCCACAUUAACAACACCUAUUCAGGUAUCCACAGCGACAUCCAUGGGGACUCGGACCAGCCGGACAGUCCGAGGUCUGAGGUCUCGUCCUCAGCCGGCGGGUACAUUAACGGAGACGCCGCCGUGAGCGAAGGAUACUCAGUAGACGCGUUUUUCAUCAUGGAUGGACGGUCACGAAGAAAAGCAGCGGCAAGCCCACGAGGGGCAACCCAGAGGCACACAUGCAGCGAGUGCGGCAAAACCUACGCCACAUCCUCCAACUUGAGCCGACACAAGCAGACGCACAGAAGCAUCGACAGCAAGAUGGCCAAGAAGUGCCCGACGUGUGGGAAAGUGUACGUCUCCAUGCCCGCCAUGGCAAUGCACCUGCUCACCCACGACCUCAAGCACAAGUGCGACGUGUGCGGGAAAGCGUUCAGCCGACCGUGGCUGCUGCAGGGUCACAUGCGCUCGCACACCGGAGAGAAGCCCUUCGGUUGCGCGCACUGUGGGAAAGCCUUUGCUGACCGAUCGAACCUGCGUGCCCACAUGCAGACUCACUCAGCCUUCAAGCAUUACAAGUGCAAGCGGUGCAACAAGACGUUUGCGCUCAAGAGUUACCUGAACAAGCACUACGAGUCUGCAUGCUUUAAGGGGGCUUUUUCCCCACUGAGCUCAUUGAGUGAAUAAGAGACUCUGAAAGCACAUCUAGGGUUUAUUUACUUAACUUACAUCCGAUUUCUUCUGCUUUACUCCAAAAGAUUAACCAGAGUGCAACAAAGGAGAAGUUUUUUUUUCUCAUUUCGCAGACCUAUCAGUUAUUUUUAUUUGAAGGUUUAUUAAAAAACUUGAGAGAACCUGAUAGGAUUUAUCCCCCAGUGAGGUAAACUAAAGCACAGCACAUCUAGUGCAUCAUAUUUUGAGAUCUAUUUGUGUCCAUAUCAAUCCGCGUCAGAUGUUUUUCUACCAACGAGGAAACGACACAAAAGCACAAUUGCUCCUCCACGUCUCUGUCUUUUCUCAGAGUUUAUGUGAUCAAGCAUAGAAUCCACCAUCUUAACAAAUUAUUUUCAGCUUUUUCAGACACAAAGAUUCAUGAUCUAAGGAUAAUUCUUGUGUCUUGUUUUCAGUGAAACUGAAGCUUGCAAGAAAAUGCAAAUGAAUCAGAAGAAUAAUCAGUGUUCGGCUUUUUAUGGUAAAAAUUACAAACAAAAAUGAAACUCAUACAUUAUGUAGAUUAAUUACACAUGGAGUGAUAUAUAUAAAGUAUUUGAUGACUAUAGUAUGAAGAAAAUAAAAACCCAAAAUUGACCUUCUCAUAUUACGUGAUUUUUAAUGGAGAAAUGUAGGUUUUGGCCUAAAAAAUCUUGGUAGACUUUCUAAUUACACUUCAGACAAUCAUCAAUCUUCCAUAUGGAGAAUAAGCCACAAAAAGUCACUGCACAAAAAGCUGAUUGUUCACAGAAUGAUGCAAGCAUCCAAAAUUGAGUGGAAGGAAAACAUUUAGCAGAAAAUUGUGCACAAGUAACACAGUAUGGAUUUAAUUUGAGAUAAAUCAGGUUCAUCAUAAUGAGCAGAAAUAGGAAUUUUAAAUUUGUUAUAUUCAGACAGAUCAUUGAAUUCAGGUGAUCCAGUAACUUCCAUGGACAGAUGUGUCUGAAAUCAAAAUGUACAAACAAAUUAGUGUAUAUUGUUCUCUGUGUAAUAAAUCUAUACAUUUUAUGAGUUUCACUUUUUAAAUUGAAUUGCUAGGAACAACUUUAAGUCCAUUAAGUCAGAGUAUCUAUUAUAUUCUCUUACACUACAACAUGCUUUCAUAUCGUUGAACCACAAUGAUUUCCACACAAACCACAAGGACUUGUUUCACAGUUGUGAAAACGAGUAAGACCCACUUUUCCUAAAAAUGCAUUGAAAAUAUAGAAGUGGCAGAAAAAAACCUUAAGUUCUUUUUAAUAUUUAAUGCCAAUUGGCUUCUGAAAAAGUAAAAAUUAUCCUCUGUAAGUAAAAUGAUCCUCUGGUUAAAUAUUAGCACAAAACACAAAGUAAGCCAUCAGGCUGCUCCAAAAUGAUGUUCUCUUAAUGCCUAAAUCUAAUGUUUAUAUGUUUUUUUUCAUUAUUUAUUUGUCAUUAUUCAAAAGGAAUACGGACAUUAAAAAUGUCUUUCAUUCCUUUAAUAGGGUUAAACCUUUUCCAGUGUUUUAAAAUUAUUUAUUUAUUUAUUUAUUUGUUUGUUUAUCUUGUAUUAUUUUGCACUUUAUUGCAGUAUUUUGCCUUUGUUACAAAUAUGCCAAAGCAUUUGACACUUUGUAAACGUUGAGUACCUUUUUUAUUUUUGCCACUUUAAGUAUCCAAAACCUUUGCAUGCAAAAAAAAAAGAAAAGAAAAAAAAAAAAGCAGUCUAAAUAACAGAAACUAUGCCAAUUUUUUAAUAUAUUUUUUUGCCAAACUGCUUAGAUAAGAGGCAAGUGAAGCAGCUUUUCUGACGGGGGCAAUAUUCUGUUCACAUCCGACUGAGCAAUAAUGCAUGAUAUGUUCAAAGAAGCGCUGGUCAUAGCUGCUUGUAAGUUUUUUAAACGUUCAACUACUUUUAUUCUACAUAGUUGCAAGAAAUUAAAUUUCAGGGAGUUAGCGAACAAAGCGUUGAAUAAUAGAUGGGUUAGGAUAAGAGCUCUAAAUUUACAGGAACUGUGUUUCUGCUGCGACUCCAGGGAAAUCUUUCUGGACUUUUUCCUAAUUGGGGAUUCUUUAAAUAUUUACAAUAAGACCUCAGCAACCAAAAGUAUUUAAUCUCUGUCACAAAGCCUCCUUGUCAAAAUUAGAUGAUGGGAUCAUUAGCUUUUUGAUCACAUUAGUGUUACUGCAAGCUAUUAAAUGCUGCUGAGAUUCACAGAAAUGAAUCAGCUCCUUGAUUUGGAGAGCUCUGGGUCGGGUUGAGUUGGGCCGGGUCUUUUUGUACGUGGGUUUUUGCACUGCCUGACUUGUAUUAAUAUUCUAAAAUAUUGUAGAAAGUAGAAGGUAGAUCUCUGGUGCUGAAACAUGGAUGAACUUGAACUUCCGCCACACUGUAUUAGGUUACAACCACAACUUUUUGGUGUGUUUUAUUGGGAUUUUAUGCAAAGUUAUGAAGUGGAAGGAACACAAUACAUGCUUUGUAGAAAAACUUUGCUAGAAAAAAAAACAAAGCAAUUAAAAAGUCGCUUUUUGGCUUAUCUGUACCACAUUUACACAUCUACAUACUGAAAUAUCGUCUAAUUCUUCUUUGGAAAGUAGCUGGAGCUUCAUUUGACCAAAUUGAGAAUAUAAAUGAGCAGCAACUUUCAAGUUUUGCCACAGACUCUUGAUUUUUGUGGUUCAACUUUGAUUUGGGUUAUUCUAACAUGGGUAUAAGCCUUGAUCUAAACUUUGUGUGUUUAGGGUUGUUGUUCAGUAAAAAGUAAAAAAAUAUUAGAAAGUAUUUUUUAGUCUAGUUUCUUGUUUUCUUAUUACACAUGGAAAAAAUACUAAAGUUACUCAUGAGUAAUUUUUUAGCAAGAAAUAAGAGCUUUUUUUAAGUCAGUAUCAAGUAUUUGUUGCAAUUGCAGAUUAUUUCAUUUAUAACAAGGGGAAAAUGUCUCGUCAUAAGUGAAAUAAUCCACCAAUUUAACUGGAACCUUUGCAUCAAUAUUAAGGAAUUAUUGACUUAAAACAAGCUCCCAUAUCUUACUGAAAAGUUACUUUGUCUCAUUUCAGGUGUAAUAAGAUAUUUGAACUAGAAACUAGACAAAAUACUUGGUAAAAUGUUUUUGUUUUUGCAGUCUUAGUAAUUUGCAGCUUCUAACAAGUUUACUUAAAGAACUGCCCUGAUUUUAGUUCCAACUAUAACCUGCUUGCUUUAAAUGCUUAAGAACUGCUCUGUUUAAUGUAUGAAAUGCACUGUUUUCUGCCACACAGAAUAGUUGGGAAGCAGGCUAAGAAAAGCACAAUUUAGUGUCAAAUGAACAGGUUAUAUUGUCUUAUACACCUGAUGACACCCUGUGCUGCUCCUGGUAAACCAUCAGGAGUUCUUGAGGUUUUCUGUCGUAAAAUAAAGGCAGAUAAAGUUUACGACUAAAACAUAUCCUGUCCACAGAUUCUCUCACCUGAGCUGUGGAUCUGUGAAGCUCUUCCAGAUUCACCAUGGGCCUCUUGGCUGCUUCUCUGACUAAAAGUCUCCUCCAGCCCGUUAGCUUUAGAGCUUGACCGUGUCUGGGUAGGUUUGUGGAUGUACCGGCCAGUUUCCAUUUUUGCAUGAAUGAAACUUCUCCAUCUCUUCCUCCCUGGCCCGUCUGUUGUGCUACUGUUUGUUCACCAACGUUCUCAAGCAAAGCCUCUGACGUCUCCACAGAAGAACUGUAUUUAUACUAAGGCUGGUAACGUUAACACAUGAGAUUAAUAUUAAAAUUGUAAAGCACACAUGUUGCAAAACUUAGAUUAAUCGAUGAUAUUUUGACCUAAAAGCCAAAACUUUCUGAGCUUCUCCAGCAGAGCGUUUUGUAGUUCAGCAGCAUGUUGUGGUCCUGACACCUGGGGUGUGAUAAACGACAACAAAAGAUGAAAGUUUAACAAAAGUUUAACAUUUUUCAAGUUUCUUGUGUUGCGUCACUAGCCCACAUGUUGCACACCUACACACACAAGCUACACAUUUCACAUGCACAAAUUACGCCGGUGGUUUUCCUGGACAAGCGACUGUCGCCUCAACGCACAAGUUCUAUUGGAUAUUUAACGUUUAAAACAAAACGACUUCCUGUAAAGCCUGAGAAAAAACUGAGAAUCUUCAGACAUGUUGGGUUUGAGACGAUAAAAGAUUUUUUGAAAAUGUGCAUGCAGGGCUAGGUUUUUUUUUUUAAAAUAUUGAUCCAGGGUGAGAUCACGGAUCUUUUCUGUCAGUUUUCCCCUGAACAAAUUUUCUACUUGUGUUCAGCGGCGUUAAGUACUGGGAGACAUUACCAGCUUUCUGCAGCUAAAAAAACUAAUCAGAUAACUUCUUACGUUUUAACAGGUUAGACUGCGGCUAGACAGGCUUGUACAAAUUUGUCCGUGUUUAUAUUUCAAGAUUGCAAAGUUAGGCAUAGUAAUUAAUCUUUAAUCACAAAGUGCGAUUAAUCUGGUACUUUUUAAAAUCAAUUGGCAGAUGUAGUUUAUACUGAGAUUAAAUUACAAAUAGGUGGAUUCUGUUUGCUAAUUAAGUGGCUUCCCACUUGGUUGAACUAGAUUUUAUUUAGUGGUUUCGGAUUUAAGACGAGAAAAUACAAAUCCCUAAACUAAUUAGAAAAUUUUUAUUUAAAAAAACCCCAAAAAAACAAUGCAUGUAUCUUUCCACUUCAAUCAUCUUCCAGUUGAGCCCAAUUUAAUGUUUGUUUAGCACAUAAAAUUCCCAUAAACUGUAUUAAAGUUUGUGACUGUAACAUGAGACUGUUAAGAGUUCGACAAGGAGCAGCUUUGCAGUCGGUUUGUGCUGAUUGAGGGUCUCUGAGUCUUUGAAGAGAUUUGAGAUUGGACUUUUUUCAGAUCUAAACGUUAAAGUGUGCGACUCUGUCUUUGCUGCUGUCUUUCACAACAGAAAGAACAAACAUGGUCAAUAUUUCAGCACCAGAGAGCAUCUCUGAACACUUAGACUCUACUAUGAAUUACUGUAGCCUACUAUAGCCACAAGGUAGUUAAACUAUUCUUAUAUAAAAGCACUUCCUCUUACAAAUUAUAUCUCACAACUCUUUUUGAGUCAGAAGUAGUAGCACAGUGAAAGAGUUUAGAAUCAGGUAGAAAAUGCCUUGUAUGUAGAAAUAACAACCUCCUUUUCCCUUUUCUAGUGUGAUGAAGAAAAUGUUAAAAAAAACAAAAAAACAAAACAAAAAUAAUGCUGGCAACACACAGGCUGUACUGUCCUUUAAUAACAUGAGAAAAUAUUCAACAAAAAAAGAAAAGUGACGCCUCCAGUUUGCAGAAUGCUGUGCCAUUUUUGGAAAUAUUUCUGAAAGCAUCAACACAACACCUUUUUUAAGAGCAAACAAGAAUGCCUCUAUUUUGCAGCUAACGGCCUUGAACAAACGAACUGAUGUGACUUUGGAGUCGGACUAUUUCUACAGAUCUGUACAGUUAGGAUGACGACGAAGACGACGAUGAUUAUUUUUACUGAAGCUUCCUGUUAUAAGCUCUUCCUCUGAGGUUUGUUUGGACCUCCAGUUGGGUUGGUGACGAUGUAAAGCACAAUGAAAACACUCAAAAUUGGUUUCACUUCCUAAAUAAAAGCUACUUUAAA